AUGCGUGUGUUGUGGAAUGGAGAAAUGCUUGAGGAGUUCAAGCCUGAGAGAGGAAUCAGACAAGGAGAUCCAAUCUCACCAUACCUGUUUGUCCUUUGUAUCGAGCGACUUUUUCACCUUAUUCAAGUUGUAGUUGAGACUAAGCUUUGGAAGCCAACUCAGAUUGCGCGGCGAGCCCCUAAGCUUUCUCACCUGGCCUUUGCAGAUAAUCUCCUAUUGUUUGCAGAAGCUAGCGAGGAGCAAGUAGAUGUUAUCAUACAGGUUCUUGAGCUUUUUUGUAAAAGUUCUGGGCAGAAGGGAUUUCUUAGAAUAUUGGAGAUGGGCAUUUGGUUUCAUUUUGGAAUGAUAACUGGAUCCCAGGCUAUGUAUAGGAAUAGGGUCACCUUUCAGGGCUCUUCUUCUCAUCCUCAUGAACUAGUCUCUCGAAUUCUUGCCCAAGUGAAUAUCUUACAGGAUAGUAUACCCUUGUUUAGAUGUCAAACCAUUGCAACAACUAAUAAGAGGAUCAACAGCUACUGCUUGGAACAGGGGAUUUACAAAAUUGGUGGUGGAAUCAGAUUUCCUGCUAGCUAUUGGUCUUCUCCGGAACGGGUGCUCUUCGCGCCACCCAUGUUUUAG